ACGGCGACGAGCGCGCGCGCGCCCCGGCGAGCGUCCCCGGGAGCCGAGCCAGAGCGAGCGUAGGGCCGGGCGCGCAGGAGUGAAAAGGAGGCGGCGGCCGCGGCUGCGAGCAACAGCUCCGGGCGCCCUGAGCCGACCAGGGCCGGCGCUGGGACGAUUUCUCAUUUUAAUUUCACAGUUUUUUUAAAAAUUUAAUUUAAACGGCAUUUUUUUUUUCAUGGCGCUGGCCCCGAGUCAGCGGGCGCUUUUCUCCGCACCAAGAUGGGUUUUGCCUUUUCCGUCGUGGGCACCCGUGGUGGCCUGAUUGUCAGUCAGCUCCGGGCGUUUUCAAGGCCGGGAGCCCAGCGCUGCGCGUAGGCGGGUCUCCCUGCACGGUGUUUUUUUUUUUUUUCCCAAUUAUCGUGAGCCUUCGGGGCAGAGAAGAGUCGACCUCGUGCUCCGUCGCCUCUGCAGAAGCGGCUGCGAGGUGGAGGUGGGUCGCUCGGAGGGUGCCGUUCCCCGGGUGAGCGAGCCCCGGCUUCCCCCCCACCCCCGCGCACUCCUGCCGCCCCACCAGUGUGUCCUCUCCUUGCCGGCGCCGGGAAAAUGGAGGCUGUGAUUGAGAAGGAAUGCAGCGCGCUCGGAGGCCUCUUCCAGACCAUCAUCAGCGACAUGAAGGGGAGCUAUCCGGUUUGGGAAGAUUUCAUAAACAAGGCUGGAAAGCUGCAGUCUCAGCUUCGGACAACUGUAGUAGCGGCAGCUGCCUUCUUGGAUGCCUUUCAGAAAGUGGCUGACAUGGCCACCAACACACGUGGAGGUACCAGGGAGAUCGGGUCUGCCCUCACCAGGAUGUGCAUGAGGCAUCGGAGCAUCGAGGCCAAGCUGAGACAGUUCUCCAGUGCUUUAAUCGAUUGUCUAAUAAACCCACUUCAAGAACAGAUGGAAGAAUGGAAGAAAGUGGCCAACCAGCUGGAUAAAGACCAUGCAAAAGAAUAUAAGAAAGCUCGCCAAGAGAUUAAAAAGAAGUCCUCAGAUACGCUGAAACUGCAGAAGAAAGCAAAAAAAGUGGACGCUUUUGGGAGGGGUGACAUCCAGCCCCAGCUAGACAGCGCACUGCAGGACGUCAAUGACAAGUACCUGCUGUUGGAAGAAACAGAGAAGCAGGCAGUGCGGAAGGCCCUGAUCGAGGAGCGCGGCCGCUUCUGCACCUUCAUCUCCAUGCUGCGGCCUGUGAUCGAAGAAGAAAUCUCAAUGCUUGGGGAGAUUACCCACCUGCAGACCAUCUCGGAAGACCUCAAGAGCUUGACCAUGGACCCUCAUAAGCUGCCGUCCUCCAGCGAGCAGGUAAUUCUGGACCUGAAGGGUUCUGACUACAGUUGGUCAUAUCAGACGCCACCCUCGUCCCCCAGCACCACCAUGUCCAGGAAGUCCAGCGUCUGCAGCAGCCUCAACAGCGUCAACAGCAGUGAUUCCAGAUCCAGUGGCUCCCACUCCCACUCGCCCAGCUCGCAUUACCGCUACCGCAGCUCCAACCUGACGCAGCAGGCGCCUGUGAGGCUGUCCAGCGUGUCCUCCCACGACUCAGGGUUUAUAUCCCAGGACGCUUUCCAGUCCAAGUCUCCAUCCCCCAUGCCGCCGGAGACUCCCAACCAGUUGUCUAACGGGCUUUCUCACUAUAGUCUGUCCAGUGAGCCCCACGUGGGGCCCGUGGGCGCAGGCCUUUACCCUCCCUGCCUGCCUGCCUCCCGCCUGCUCCCUCGCGUCACCUCUGUCCACCUUCCAGACUACGCUCAUUAUCACACCAUUGGGCCCGGCAUGUUCCCGUCAUCUCAGAUCCCUAGCUGGAAGGACUGGGCCAAGCCGGGACCCUAUGACCAGCCCCUGGUGAACACGCUGCAGCGUCGCAAGGAUAAGCGUGAGGCAGAUACCAACGGAGGGGGACCCGCCACCGCAGGGGGCCCAGCGGCCGUGGACGAGGCUCAGAGGCCGCGGAGCAUGACCGUGUCGGCUGCCACCAGGUCCGGCGAGGAGAUGGAGGCCUGUGAGGAGCUGGCCCUUGCCCUGUCGCGGGGCCUGCAGCUGGACACGCAGAGGAGCAGCCGGGACUCGCUGCAGUGCUCCAGCGGGUACAGCACCCAGACCACCACGCCGUGCUGCUCCGAGGACACCAUCCCCUCCCAAGUUUCAGAUUACGAUUAUUUCUCCGUAAGCGGCGACCAGGAGGCCGAGCAGCAGGAGUUCGACAAAUCCUCCACCAUCCCCAGAAACAGCGACAUCAGCCAGUCCUACCGCCGCAUGUUCCAAGCCAAGCGCCCCGCCUCCACUGCCGGCCUCCCCACUACCCUGGGGCCCGCCAUGGUCACCCCAGGGGUGGCAACCAUCCGACGGACCCCUUCCACCAAGCCCUCCGUCCGCCGGGGCACCAUUGGAGCCGGGCCCAUCCCCAUCAAGACGCCUGUGAUCCCAGUCAAAACCCCUACCGUGCCUGACCUCCCCGGGGUGCUGCAUGCCCCCGUGGACGGGCCGGAGGAGCGCACGGAGCAUAGCCCUGAGUCACCGCCAGUGGCCGAGGGCCCACAGGGCGUUGCCACCAUGCCCUCCUCCUUGUGGAGUGGCCAGGCCUCCAUCAACCCCCCACUCCCCGGCCCGAAGCCCAGCAUCCCCGAGGAACACAGACAGGCGAUCCCCGAGAGUGACGCUGAAGACCAGGAGAGGGAGCCCUCCAGUGCCGCAGGGUCCCCGGGCCAGGGGGCGGAGAGCGACCCUGCGGAGCUGAGCCCGAGAGAGACUCCGCAAGGAGAAGACAUGCUGAAUGCCAUCCGGAGGGGCGUCAAGCUGAAGAAGACCACCACCAACGACCGCUCGGCCCCUCGCUUCUCCUAGGCGCCCCUGGGCUCGCCGCAGACGCUGCCUGCGAUUGGCAAACUCUGGAAUUGAAGAAAACCCCUAUCUGUCUCGAUCCAUUCCAAUCUAUAAUCAAAGUAUUUUGUAGGCCACUCAAAAUACAGCUCUUUUGAAACUACUCCACAUCUUUAGAUAUAAGAAUUAAAAGCAACAUAUGUAACUGACAUAAUCUUGAUCUUUUAAUUUGUAAAUAUUGACAGUUUUCUUUCUGCACAUUUUAAUCUGGUUUUUUUUUUCCCUUUUGAUUUUUCUGAAGGUGCCAAAUUCCAUUUAACUUUUUUACAAGUCUUUGUAAAAUUUUCAACAUGUAGGGGAGGGGGUGGUUGGGGCAGGGGAACCAGUAAGUAGUUAAUUUCAGAAAAGAAUUCAUAUACUCAGCUCUUUUCUUUUCCCUGUAAGCUUUUUGUAGAUGCAUCGUUAAUAGUCUAGCUUAGGAGCAAACUCAAGUUCUUUUAAUGUACAAACAAAAUGGCUAAGGCUGGGGAGGCAUCCUCACCUGAUACACCACGUUGUGGAGGGCAGGAGCAGGGGUCACAGUUGAUGAGCAAUACUCUGCGUGAAGGAAGCUUGCAGACGGUGGACUGCUGGGAUUGGGGGGAGGGCCGGGGAGGGGCACAGUGUCAACAGAUCCUGUUGAACUUCUAUAGUAGCUUUCCUGGUAAAUGCAUCCGAAUAAGCCAUACUGGAUUGUGGUGUUCGUUUCCUCUCCCACGAUUCCUCCCAAGUGCACCCAGCACCCACCUCUGCUCCCCAGCAUGCUGCUGCCACUGGGCAGGCCUAGAGGCCCACUCUGUUCCUUGUCUGUCGUACUCACCUUCAUGGGAUCCAAAUACAUCUUAGAGGGUAAGGCAGUUGAAAAAACACGGACACAGAUGAGAGCAGGGAAUUCUUCGACAUAGCCAAUGCCUUUUACUUUACCGCACUCAGCAGGCUGGGUGCAUUGAAAAGCCCAAAUAUUUUAGGAGAAAAAAAAAAAAAAAAAAAACUUGGAGUCUUGCAACUUGCCAAUGUGUUUAGCAAUCUGGGGGCUUGUUUUUCUUACCUUGGUUUAAACAAAUGGCAGUUAAUUGGCUUUAUUCUAUACAUUGAAGAAAGGACUGAUUUAUCAUCAUUGAGUUUCUGCCCAUGACACUGUUUUGUUUCUUUGUAUUUGAUCAUUGGGGGGGGAGGGGAUUUUUAUCUUUUUCAAGUGAACGGUUGAUUUCUUCUGAUGCCCAUCCUCUAAAGUCAACAGAUUUGUAGAUGUCCAGGGACCCCACGUGGAGAAGCCAGGGGUGUGGAAAGAGUCCCUUGAACAUCAACGGUAGAGCAAUGUGUGGGUCCCGCAUACCCCAGGGUUCUGUUGGCCCAGAUCCUCAGUGACAUCCCUCUGUGCUUUAAUCCCGUCGGCCGAGGAGCGCACCUGUACAGUCGUCGUUCUAUAUGGUAGCACUCAACACUGCUGUGACUGCUCGAGGACAGUGGACGUCACGGCGUCAAAGCAAAGGCAUGAUGCUUAGAAACUGUCGAAGCUUUUUUUUUUUUUCCUUGAAAAACAAGCUCCUUUUUUACAGACUGUAAGCAACAGUAGUGCCUGUGGUUUAGCCCACCAUUCUCGAUGACUACGAGUAGCUGAUGCAUCGUGCAUAUGAUGCUUGGGAUGGUCUCUGCACAAGCUGGAGCUGCUGCACGGUGAUCACAUGACAUGAGAGUGGUAUUUUACACUUUGGAAACACAUGGAUGUAACUGUACCUGGGUACAGCUUUUCACUUGUUUAGUUUUUAAACGUUAGUAUAAUCUGAAUAAAUUUAAUAUAAAAUGUUGCCAAAUUUCAAUGUAGAAAAGAAUGUGACAAAACACCUUGGAUAGUUCUGUUUGUGUUUUUGCAUAUUGUAAAAGCAGUGUCACAGCUAAAAAAAAUUUUAAAAAAUCCUUUCUCAAGGUAAAUUAUUGUGGUUUAGUUGCUAGUUUGUACUGAGAGUCGACCUCUCCCUGUGCCGGUUUUUGUUUGAAAAUUGUGUAAAUAACGGUUGUGUAACGUGUCUCCCUUCUACAUUGUAACAGUUGCUUCAAUCUACAUAAAUAAAGAACUAGAAAAAGA